AUGCUCUCCCAGCUUUCCCUGUUGGUUCGGAUGAAUCAGUCUCUUAGAGAAAUACUGGCCAAAGCGGAAAAUGUUGUGGUUGGAAUCAAACGCAUAAUGGCUUUCCUUGAUGAUCAUGAUGUGAUGAUUGAAGACACCCCUCCUAGCUCCCUAGGUGAUGAUCAACCACCUCCACUACCACCUAGAAAUAAUCCACCUCUAUCACCAUCCGGAAAAGAUCAACAACCUCCACCACAACCUAGAAAUAAUCCUCCUCCACCAUCAAAAAAUCCCCAUCCCUGCACUUCCUCUCUACCUUGUAGCUCUCCUCCCUAA